GAAAAACACGUAGUUUGUGAAUCGCCCACGACUGUUUGGGCGUAGCCUUGGAGCACGGUGUAGUGAUCUUUAUCGUUAAUCCGUUUAAUUCGAGAUGAAAAGACUCAAAGUGUCUAGCUACUCAAGAUAACAACUUAUAAUCAACAGCACCUAUAAAAUCAAUGCCACUUCAACGGUCACAACACAUUCAACAACAAUGUCUCGACUGAUUCUUCCCAUAACCGUGCUCUGCUCCGCCCUCGUCCAGGCCAGCCUCACUAACCAUCGCAUCGUCGGAGGCUUCCCGAUCGACAUCCGGGACGUUCCGUUCCAGGUAUCGCUCAACUAUUACCGCGAACACUGGUGCGGAGGAUCGCUGAUCGGAAGCCGCUGGGUGUUGACGGCGGCCCAUUGCAUGGACGUUAGUCCCUCUAAGAAGGUUCGCGUUGGGUCUACUCACCAUGAAUCUGGUGGCGAGUUGGUUGAGAUCCGGCGGGUUCUGCCGCAUACGCUGUACAACUCCAGUUCGGUGGACUACGACUUUGCGCUGCUGGAGUUGGAGGAGUCGGUGCAGCUGAGUGAGGAGUUCUUCGCGGUUGAGCUUCCGGGACGGGGGGAACCCGUUGAGGAUGGUCAGCUGUUGCAGGUUUCCGGCUGGGGUGACACCCAGAAUGAGGAAGAGUGUGACGACGUGUUGAGGGCGACCAUCGUUCCGACCGUGAACCAGGAGGAGUGUCGGAGGGCGUACAGUACGGGUCAUGAGGUUACCGAUCGGAUGAUCUGCGCAGGGUACCUGGGUGGAGGGCAGGGUGCCUGCCAUGGUGAUUCCGGGGGACCUUUGGUGCAUGGAAGGACCGUGGUCGGAGUUGUAUCGUGGUCAAGGGGAUGUGCCCAGCCGGGGUAUCCGACGGUUUAUGGAAGAGUAGCAGCGGUGCGGGAUUGGAUCGAGGAGAAUUCUGGGAUCUAAUUUUGAUUAAUCAAAUUGUAGUCAUGUUAUUUUAAGCACAUAUAAAGUUUAAA